AUACUCGUACGGCUUGUAUUUAUUUAAUGUGAAAGGAGAUAUCUACAUGGCACCAGACUCCCCCUGUAAUAUAAUACUAUUCGUAUUUGUCCACAUCUUUUCCAUCAGGAGGAACUUAUUUGUUUCUUAUACUUUCUCUCCCUAUGCACGCUCCUCACAAUAUUCUAGCCCCAUAUUCCUUUUUAAUUUUUUUACCAUUCAUCGUUAAAUAAGAAGGCUCGGUAGUGCGAGAGAUGCAGGGCAAAUCCGUGCAAGCUCACCUCGUAGGGAAAGUAGCAGAGAUCUUGGAGGCGGUGUCGUCGGCAGAAUGGGUCGGGGAGGCCGCGGGCAGACUGUCGGUGGUAGCGGCGAGGGCGAGGGCGGCAGUGGUGGUGCCGGCGGUGAAGGCGGCGGUGGCGCUUUGCCUCGCGAUGUCGGUGAUACUGGUGGUGGAGAAGCUGUCGAUGGCGGCGGUGAGCAUGCUGGUGAAGAUACUGAAGAGGAAGCCCGAGAAGGUGUACGAGUGGCGGCCGAUCUCGGAGGACGUAGAGAUGGGGGGCUCGCUAGCGUAUCCCAUGGUCCUCGUACAGAUCCCCAUGUACAACGAGAAAGAGGUAUACCACUUAUCAAUCGGAGCAGCAUGCGCACUGGAGUGGCCUUCAGAUCGCCUAAUCGUUCAAGUCCUCGACGAUUCUACCGAUCCAGCUAUACAGGACUUGGUGCAAAUAGAAUGCCAAAGGUGGUUGGCAAAAGGUGUGAACAUAUAUUACAAAACAAGGGAUAGUAGAAAAGGAUACAAAGCUGGUGCAUUAAAAGAAGGAAUGGAUCAGGACUAUGUUAAGAAAUGUGAUUAUGUCGCGAUCUUCGAUGCGGAUCACCAACCACCGACCGAUUUUCUAGUCCGAACUGUCCCUUUCCUUGUUCGCAAUCCAAAGAUUGCCCUCGUUCAAGCUCGGUGGAAGUUUGUGAAUGUGAAUGACUGCAUAAUGACAAGGAUACAGGAGAUGUCACUGAAUUACCAUUUCAAGGUGGAACAGGAAUCGGGUUCAUCCCUUGUUGCUUUCUUUGGUUUCAAUGGAACUGCUGGAAUUUGGCGAAUCCAAGCCCUUAUGGAUGCUGAAGGUUGGAAAGAGCGAACAACAGUGGAGGACAUGGAUUUGGCGGUCAGAGCAACUCUCAAAGGCUGGAAGUUUGUUUAUGUGGGUGACCUUAAGGUCAAAAGUGAGCUGCCAAGUACUUACACUGCUUAUCGUUAUCAACAACAUCGCUGGGCUUGCGGACCUGCAAAUUUGUGUCGGAAAAUGGCUUUUGAUAUUAUAAAAGCCAAGAAUGUGCCUGUUUGGAAGAAGUUUUAUCUGAUCUACAACUUCUUUUUCGCUCGAAGGCUUGUGUCGUACAAUGUUACUUUUUUAUUUUACUGCGUGGUGAUUCCAACCUCAUGUUUCUUCCCCGAAGUUGAAAUUCCAAGGUGGGGGGUGAUAUAUGUUCCAACGAUCAUUACCCUCCUCAACUCGUUUACAACUCCAAGAUCAAUACAUCUAAUCCUCAUAUGGGUCUUCUUCGAGAAUGUCAUGUCCUUGCACCGUUUUAUAGCUGUUUACGUUGGUCUUUUUGAGGCUGGGCGGGUAAAUGAAUGGGUUGUUACUGAGAAAUUAGGAGACACGUUGAAUGCACAACCGGUUGUAGAUGGCAGGAAGAGGUUUCACAAGUUCUGGAAAAGGUUCCAUUUCUUGGAGCUUGGAAUUGGAGUAUUUCUCUUGCUAUGUGCAUCUUAUGACUUGACCUGCAGGUCAACCCAAUAUUUUGUGUACAUCUAUCCUUUAUCACUCUCAUUCUUUAUCAUGGGUGUCGGUUAUGUGGGCCGAAUCAUGCCAGAGGCGUAGUAGGAGACGGUAUUCUUAUUAUCGAUACCUAAUUUAAUUCUUUCGUGCUUGGCAUUCCGAUCUUUUUUUUCUCCUCCUAAUUGAAUAAGAUGGCCUAUUUGGUCUCAUGGUGGAGGCAAAAAAGCAUUUGAAGUAGCGCGAUCUACGCAAUGUCAGAGAAAAAGAGAAUGUGAAGGGAAAGGAAAUGAAGAGUGGCAAGUUCUCUUGUUCUACUUGUAAUGUUGUCUCUACAAAUUGUAUCUCUGCAUCUCUCAGGCUACUGAUGAGCAUUCAAAAUGGUGGCCAUGAAAAAAAAGUGAUUAAUGCCUUCCAUUUUCUCUGUUAAAAACCUGAUAGAGGUACCUUCUUAACUUAUUUGAAUAUUCCAUCAUGUUGUUUCUAUUUUGAGUAAACUUCUUUUGCAGAAAGAUGAAAUGAAGCAACUCACAAUGGCUCUGCCCAUUGGAUGACAAUUUAAUA